CAGAAUUCCUUGGUGCUGUGCACCCUGCUGCUCGCGGCGUGCGGCGCCCUGGCCUUCCCGCAGCGCAACCCCGGCUACGCGCCCAACGGCGUCGACUACCCUCGGCCGUUCGGCAGCAGCUCGGACGAGGCGCUCAGCGACCGCUUCGGCGGCGCGGCCUCCACGCCACGCUACGACGCCUACGGCCACGACGUCAACGUCGUCAACAAAGUGGCGGCGCUGCCCGAGAGCCAGCAGCCCUUCUGGUACCGCAACCGCGACCGCAUCAGCGACCACAUCGGCCUGAGCCAAACCGG